GCUGGAGGGGCGCGGCGGGUCCCUCCUCGGAGCCCCUUUUGGCGGAGAGAAGGCGGAGACCGGGAGCAGCAGCAGCAGGCGCAGCUCCGCCUCCUCCUCCUCCUCCUCCUCCUCCUGCUGGAGGGUGACUGGCUCCCUCGCAGUUGGCUUCCGAGGUCCGGCAACAGCGGCGGCGACAAUGUGAGGCACACGGCCGGGCCAAGAUGUGGCUGAAGCCCGAGGAAGUGCUGCUGAAAAACGCCCUGAAGCUGUGGGUGACCCAGCGGAGCAGCGGCUACUUCAUCCUCCAGCGCCGCCGGGGCCACGGAGACGCCGGGGGGCGCUUCACGGGUCGUCUAGUAGGUGCUUUGGAUGCUGUGCUCGAUUCUAAUGCACGUGUUGCCCCAUUUCGAAUUUUGCUUCAAGUGCCAGGAUCACCUACUUACUCUGCCAUAGCAUGUGGUGAGUUAUUGGCGGGAUCAGACGUUUACUGGGCCAUAGCCAUUGGUGCUACAAUUGAGGAAAUAAAUAAUCACUGGGAGUGGCUAGAACAAAACUUGCUCCACACUUUGUCUGUAUUUGAUAAUAAAGAAGAUAUUGUUAGUUUUGUCAGAGGUAAAAUAAAGGCAUUAAUAGCAGAAGAAACCAGCAGUAAGUUAGCAGAGCAAGAGGAGGAUCCUGAGAAGUUUAGAGAAGCACUAGUCAAAUUUGAGACUCGAUUUAAUUUUCCUGAAGCAGAGAAACUGAUCACCUUUUACUCAUGUUGCUGCUGGAAGGGCAAGGUUCCUCGACAGGGAUGGCUUUACCUGAGCAGCAAUCACCUUUGUUUCUAUUCCUUCUUUUUGGGCAAGGAGUUAAAACUUUCUAUUCCUUGGGUUGAUGUCCAGAAACUGGAGAGAACUUCCAAUAUAUUUAUGACUGACAUUAUCCGCAUCACUACUCAAAGUAAAGAGCGUGAUUUCUCCAUGUUCCUUAAUAUUGAUGAGGCAUUCAGGAUAAUGGAACAGUUGGCAGAUGUAACUCUCCGCAGACUACUUGACAAUGAAAUCUUUGAACUGGAUCCAGGUUUACAAGAUCCUACUCAGAUCACCAAGAGGGAUCUUGAUUCCAGAGCCAGGAAUGAGUACUUCAGAGCUUUCUUCAGGUUACCGAAAAAAGAGAAGCUGCAUGAAAUUAUGGACUGUUCCCUGUGGACUCCCUUCAGCCGUUGUCACACAGCUGGAAAACUGUUUGCCUCUGAUAGCUAUAUCUGUUUUGCCAGCAAAGAAGAUGGUUGUUGUAACGUUCUUAUUCCACUUGUAGAGGUGGCCAGUAUUGAGAAGAUGGAGGACACUAGUCUUCUUCCUAACCCAAUCAUCGUUAGCAUCAAAAGCAAGACAGCCUUUCAGUUCAUUGACCUGAAGGAUAGAGAUACCCUGGUGGAGAGUCUGCUUCUGAGGCUGAAACAAGUGAGGGCCAGCAAUCCAGCACUCCGUAAUAGUUCAAAAAGCAAAGAUCCGAAUUUGCACUCAUCACAUACCAACUAUGAUUUUGGGGACUUAGGAAUAGUAGCUUCACAAAACAAAGACAGGGAUGAAAACGACAGGAAUAAUAGACACCUGCUGAAUGCAGAGGCUCUAAGUUCAGCAUUUCAUCCUCCUGCAGCAGAUGGACUGGACUUUAGGAUGUCUAGGGAACAAGUCAAAGAGAGUCUGUGGAAUGAUCAUUUUGCUGAGUAUGGCAGAACAGUCUGUAUGUUUCGAACAGAAAAAAUUAGGAAACUUGUUGCUAUGGGAAUCCCCGAAACUUUACGAGGCAAACUGUGGCUCCUUUUCUCAGAUGCUGUGACUGAUUUGUAUUCCCAUCCUGAUUAUUAUGAGAAUCUCGUGGAAGUGUCCAUGGGCAUGUGUUGCAUAGCAACGGAGGAAAUCGAGCGAGACUUGCACCGUUCAUUACCUGAACACCCAGCCUUCCAGAGUGAAACAGGCAUUGCUGCCCUGAGAAGAGUGCUAACAGCUUAUGCACAUAGAAACCCCAAAAUUGGCUAUUGCCAGUCCAUGAAUAUCUUGACCUCUGCCUUGUUGCUGUAUGCCAAAGAAGAAGAAGCCUUUUGGUUGCUUGUUGCUGUGUGUGAGAGGAUGCUUCCAGAUUACUUUAAUCACCGAGUGAUAGGUGCUCAGGUAGACCAGUCUGUAUUUGAAGAGCUCAUCAAAGAACGGCUACCAGAACUUGCAGAACAUCUGAAAGACCUUUCCACACUGGCUUCUGUUUCUCUGUCAUGGUUUCUCACUCUGUUUCUUAGUAUCAUGCCUUUAGAAAGUGCUGUUAAUAUUGUAGACUGUUUCUUCUUUGAUGGGAUCAAAGCCAUUUUCCAGUUUGGUUUGGCUAUUCUUGAAGCCAAUGCGGAGGAGCUAUGCAACAGCAAAGAUGAUGGGCACGCCUUGAUGAUCCUCAGCAGGUUUUUGGAUCAUGUUAAGAAUGAGGAAAGCCCUUUGCCACUGAUCGGGAACCAGCAUGCCUUUUUCAGCGAUGAUAUGGAACCCUGUCCCACAACAGAGAUAGCCGACCUGAUUCGGGAUUCUUAUGAGAAAUUUGGAGACUAUUCUGUGGAGCAGAUUGAAUGCAUGCGCUACAAACACAGGAUCCGUGUCCUGCAGAGCCAUGAAGAAACCACAAAACAAAAUGUGCUCAGAGUGGUCAUCCCGGAUGUUUCCAUUGCUCCAGAAGAAUUGGAAGAACUGUAUGACUUAUUUAAGAAAGAACAUUUAAUAAGCUGCUACUGGGAAUGGAAUAGUGCGGUGGUAAUUCAACGCCAUGACCCCAGCAGACCUUAUGCUGAGCAAUAUAGGAUUGACUGUCACCAAUUCACAAACCUUUAUAAGCUAGUGUCACCCUGGACAUGUGGAGAACAUACCGAGGUUGUAGCAGAAAGACUGUUCCGGCUCCUGGAUGAAAACAUGGAUCAUCUGAUUGAAUUCAAAAGUUUUGCUGGUUGUUUAGAUACUAUGUACAAUGGAGAAAUGAAUGAAAAAAUAAAACUGUUGUACAAGUUGCACAUUCCUCCUGCACUCACAGAAGAUGACAGAGAUAGCCAGUCACCUCUAAGGAAUCCUUUGUUGUCAACCUCAAGACCACUAGUAAUUGGGAAAUCUAAUGGUGACACCAUAGAUUAUCGGAAGCAGUUGAAGCAGAUGCUCAAAGACUUAGCCAAAGAAAAAGAUAAAAAGGCAGAAAAAGAACUACCAAAAAUGAGCCAGCGAGAGUUCAUCCAGUUCUGCAAGACUUUGUACAGCAUGUUUCAUGAAGAUCCAGAGGAAAAUGAGUUGUAUCAAGCCAUUGCUACAGUGACUACUUUGCUACUUCAGAUUGGAGAAGUGGGUCAAAGAAACACAAGCUCAGGCUCAGAGGAUUUUCCGGAGGACUUCCAGGCGGAGGCCUCUACCUCAGAUCAAGAUGUGGUUUUUACAGACACUGUGAAGACCCCUAAAAAUGUACCCUUAUCAAUGACUGAAGGGGAUUGGAAUAUUUCUUUUGAACACAUCUUGGCAUCCCUAUUAACUGAACAGUCUCUGGUCAACUUCUUUGAAAAAUCUCUAGAACUGAAACCAAAAUUGGAUAAUGCAAAGCUAGCUCAAUAUAGUUUGAAAACAAAUGGCACAAGUCAAUUAUCACGGGGUGAGACUGAACAUCUAAGUGUAAAUUGACAAAUGUCCAGGAGAAUGCCUGUUUCACCAAAGCACAUUUUGAAAUGUUGUGUUUAUUAGACCUUUUUGAUGCCUUGGUGGUCUGAAAAAUACAGUUGAAUUUUAAAGCCAAAAUGUUCUGACACCAUGGUUUGCUUCUUGAAUGUAACUGUAAAAGAAAACAUCUUCACUUUGAAGAUGCUGUAAAUGUGUUAACUGGUUCUACAAACAAAAACACCCUUAUCGUCAUAUUUGGCUACUGUUUGCAAGUUUUAUGUAUGAUUGUCUUUUUUGCACUAAUACUGAAAACGUUUCAAUGCUGGUAAUUGAAACUUAAUAUAUUUGACUCAAGGUUUGUAGGUCUUGCUCUGUUCAAUGUAGAUGGAGGGUGCUUUUCAUGUCUUAUGAGUGUGUGCACUUUUCAAUAAAAAAAACUCUUUUGCAUCUGUCA